AUGACGACUCUUGAUUAUUCCGGGCUUCCCCUCCAGCCCAACGAGGUCCGCUUAGUCUCACUGGAAGCGUCGGCCGAAACCAUCACCCAGGCAAAAUGGAAACUUGCCGUUGCGAGCUUGGCCGAUAAGUCGGCCAGCUACUACGCUGUCUCGUAUAGAUGGGGACAGCCUCUAGACGAGCAACCCUUCAAAUCAAUGACCAACGACCGAGUAUCAUGUAUCCAGGUCAACGAUAGUAACGUAAUGGUUACGAAGAACCUCUCGGACUUUUUGCAUGAGGUGCAAAGGGACAAGAAGCUGAAGGAGGAACUGUUUUGGAUUGACGCAAUAUGUAUCAAUCAAGAGGGCCCCCAGGAGCGGAGCCACCAAGUCAGUACCAUGAUGGGCAAAAUCUACCGGUCAGCGAAGUGCGUCAUUGCCUGGCUCGGGGACGCAGACUCGCAUACGCAACGAGCGUUCGACCACUUGGAUCAUCUGGCCAAGUCCCCGACCCUUCCACCAUCCGGGACCCAAUCAGCGUCUACCAACUACAGUGCCUCGAUCAAUGAUGAUGAGGAUGGGUCCUGUUGGGAAUCGGCUGUCAAACUGUUUGAUCGGACAUACUGGAACAGGUCCUGGAUAAUCCAGGAGCUCGUCUUACCAGAGAACGUCACUGCAUCCCACAACAUUUCCACCAGCGACUGGAGAGGGCGUUUCAAUAACCUCUCUGCAGACAUGAUAUCACGUAACACGGCUCGUAACUACGGUAUCCCAACCGUUCUAAAGGCAAAGAGAGAAUCCAUUGCAACAGAACAUUGGACAGAUGUUCUCUUGCACACGCUUAUCCGAUCCCGUGAUUUCGAGGCAACAAACGAGGAGGAUAAAGUAUACGCUCUGUUUAAGCUCAUCGAAGACUCAGUCAAUGUUAGAAAGAUGCCUCUGUUGCGCCCAAAAUACAGAGAGGAUUGCAGCCCAGCAAAGACGUAUCUCAAGGUUGCCGUUCAGCUUCUCCGCGAUUGCGAGGAACUUCUCAUACUCUCCUGCGUUGAGGGCAGAUCCUUCCAAAGGGUAAAGAUUGGUGACCGUCCUCUCCCGUCCUGGGUGCCCGACUGGAGUGUCCGCAAACCCCUCGGUCUUCGAAUUACUGGGUACAAGAGAUAUUGUGCAGACGCGUGCUUCACCCUGGCAGACGCGGAUCUCUCCCGAGAAACCAAGUUACGCAUCUGGCCCGCGGUUGUCAGCGAAGACGACCUGACCGUUAUCAUUCGUGGCCUCAAAGUCGAUGAGAUUUCAUUUCGGGGAGAGUCAAAGCAAGAUAUCCAAAAGGGGAGCCCAUUUCCACAGCUGUUGAACAUGCUGAUGUCCCUCCCAACCCAGUACCCAACCACAGGAGAAGACCGAUUGGAGGCACUUUGGCGAACUCUCAUCACCAACACUACCAAUGACCGUCGGUUUCCUAUAGAAAAUUCGUCUCCUCUCGACGCGGGUUUCGCAAAAUGGUUUGCAGAGAGAGUCAACUCGGUGGUGAUGUCUGAGGGGGAAGAUCGCCGCCAAUGGAACGAACUGAAGCAUAAAUUCGAUCAAUUCUGUAAGGAUAGGAAAGCAUGGAUGUCCACUGUGGAUGAUACUCCUGAGCUUCCGAGUUCCGCGGCGGCUGAAUAUGCUUCACUCUUUGCCCAUGGGAUGCACCUGCGACCCUUUUUAACAGAGAAGGGUUCCCUGGGGCUAGGAUCACAGGACCUACAAGAGGGAGAUACAAUUUGGGUAGUACCGAGAUCUCGUGUGCCCUUGAUAUUCAGGCGGGUAAAGGAUGCUGGCUCAGUGUCCGACUAUCACUGCGAGUUGGUUGGAGGCGCAUAUCUUCAUGGAUUUAUGGACGGUCGAGCUCUUUUGACAGCAGCAGCAAAAGGAGGCGUGCGGCUGAGUGACCGACUAAAAACUAUUAUAAUUCACUAA